ACGCUCUGGGGAGGCUGGGGCCCGCGCCUGGGUCACUGAGAGGGAGGGCGGACCCCAGGCUCAAGAGCACAAGGGCAAGGCCCGAGAAGGGCCUGACUGGGUAUGGGGUGGGCGCAGAACGAAGGCCAGAGCCUUCUGUAUCCGUGUGCGUGUGUGAGCAUGUGGGCCUGUGUGUGUGUGCGUGGGCGGGUGGGGGGUGUUCCAGGCUGCCAUAGGGAGGGGAGGGAGAGCCUUCCAGGCAGUGCAGAGAGCAAGUGCGUAGCCCCAGUGCAGGGUUGUGUGUGCCACUGGAUAGGAGACGGAGAGAGACAGGCCUACGGCAUUGUGUGGAAGGCAGUGGACCGAAGGACUGGUGAGGUCGUGGCCAUCAAGAAAAUCUUUGAUGCUUUUAGGGAUAAGACAGAUGCCCAGAGAACAUUCCGGGAAAUCAUGCUUCUCCAGGUGAGUGGCCUGGGCCCUCCAGCCCAGUCCCCUUCCCCAGGUAAAGAUCUCUCCAGACAGCAGAGAAACCCGGCUUCUUGGCCCCCAGAACACAGCUCCUCCUGGCCUUCCAGCCACCUCCAACUCUCUCCCCAGGAGUUUGGGGAUCAUCCCAAUAUCAUCAGCCUCCUUGAUGUGAUCCAGGCAGAGAACGAUAGGGACAUUUACCUGGUGUUUGAGUUUAUGGACACUGACCUCAACGCAGUCAUCCGGAAGGGCGGGCUGCUGCAGGACGUCCACGUGCGCUCCAUCUUCUACCAGCUUCUGCAGGCCACCCGGUUCCUCCACUCGGGGCAUGUUGUGCACCGGGACCAGAAGCCGUCCAAUGUGCUCCUGGAUGCCAACUGCACAGUGAAGCUGUGUGACUUUGGUCUGGCCCGCUCCCUGGGCGACCUCCCUGAGGGGCCUGAAGACCAGGCCUUGACAGAGUACGUGGCCACACGCUGGUACCGAGCUCCGGAGGUGCUGCUGUCUUCACACCGGUACACCCUUGGGGUGGACAUGUGGAGUCUGGGCUGUAUCCUGGGGGAGAUGCUGCGGGGGAGGCCCCUGUUUCCGGGCACGUCCACCCUCCACCAGCUGGAGCUCAUCCUGGAGACCAUCCCACCACCAUCCAAGGAGGACCUCCUGGCUCUUGGCUCAGGCUGCCGUGCCUCUGUGCUGCACUGCCUGGGGUCCCGGCCACGACAGACGCUGGACGCCCUCCUACCGCCAGACACUUCCCCAGAGGCCUUGGACCUCCUCAGGCGACUCCUGGUGUUCACCCCAGACAAGCGGUUAAGCGCCACCCAGGCACUGCAGCACCCCUACGUGCAGAGGUUCCACUGCCCCAGUGAUGAGUGGGCACGAAAGGAACAUGUGCAGCUCCGGGCACGCGAAGGGGUCCAGCUCUCUGCGCCUGAGUACCGCAGCCGCGUCUAUCAGAUGAUCCUGGAGUGCAAAGGCAGCAACGGCACCUCAAGAGAGAAGGGCCUGGAGGGUGUCUCCCCGUCCCAGGCACACCUGCACAAACCCAGAGCUGACCCGAAGCUGCCUUCUGGGACACCUGUGCAGGGCCCCAGACCCAGGCCUCAGAGUAGCCCGAGCCAUGACCCCCCCGAGCACGAGUUCCCCCGUGCAGCCAAGAGCACUCCCAGGCAGAACUCCGCUCCCACGCUCCAACCUGCACUCCCAGGGAGUGGGGAAAGGCCCCCCGGGGCGAAGGAAGAGCCCCCCUUGACAUUCUUGCUGUUCAAAUCUCUCGAGGACCUCAAGGCCUCCCCUCCACUGCACCCCCUCUGACACCCUCUUCAUGUGACCCUCAACUAUACACAGGUCCCUCCCCGGUGUCCUCCGGAGGCCCGGCCCGGCCGGAGGAUGUUCAGCACCUCUGCCUUGCAGGGUGCCCAGGGGGCCGCCAGGGCUCUGCUUGGAGGCUACUCCCAAGCCUAUGGGACUGUCUGCCACUCGGCACUGGGCCACCUGCCCCUGCUGGAGAGGCACCGUGUAUGAGCUGCCCUACUCCCUUCACCUGGCCCCCUGUUCCUGCCCCGGCCCCUUCCCCAGACCCCUCCCCGAUAUCCUGCACCCCUUAGCCCUCCCUGCUUUGCCAGGCCACGUUGAAGUUCCAGGGAGCUCGCCUGGGUCUCCUCGGGGGAGCAGAUGAGGGCCCUGCCCCAGCCCCAGUGACUUCCUCCAAUAAAGUCAUGUCUGCCCCCAAUCUGAGCAGCCAUCGUUCCUCCCCUCCCCUCUGAGGUCACAGCAUCCACU